CAACUCCACAAAUCUCUUCAUAAAUUACACACACUCACACACUAUUCUUCUAAGCACUUAUGUUGUUUGUUGUAAUAUUUCUUACAGUUUUACACCUUCUGUACUGACGCCUGUCUUCUCUUAAACCAUCAAGACUUAGCCCUUCUUACUCGGUCGUCUUAGAUUCCUUCUUGAUCAUAAUUAGUAUCUUAAUACUGUUGAACCUUAAAGAACGUAUAGCUUUCGUUACUAGCAGGCGUUAAAUCUGAGUACAUAUUAAGUAUAACCUGUGAAGGCCUGUGGGAUUCAAACCCGAAACUACUGCAUGCUCAUGUUCCCCAAUUAGACACCAACUUACAUACAUGGACUCCAUUUUUCAACUGAGUGGAGAUGCCCGUGUAGCCUUUCUCCAUCAAAUUUCGCAGACAUUUGGCUGCACUUACAUCUGCCUCUGGACUUACUUGCCUCUACCAUCCAACUGCUUAGUCUUCACGGAUGGGAUUCACCACGAAGAAACCAAUCAAUCAGGCUUAUCAUCUGGAAUUACUCGAGCCAUGAGGCUGUUCAGUGAGUACCGAAAAUCAGUGAUCAUGAUCGAUAAUGGCAGAGUACCGGGACUUGCAUUCAAGAACAAUCUUCCUUACAUUGAAAUCAAAGAAAAUGACCUUCAAGCUGUAGCAUCCACUCAAACACAACUGCAGUUCUAUCAGGAAGCUCGGAUAAAGACAGCUAUAUAUAUGGGGUGCAAAUCAGGAGAAAUUGAGCUAGGCAUGUCCAUCAACAACCAAGUAAACAUUGAAUUGGAAAUGAGGACUUUGUUUCCUGAUGAUUUUUUACGACAAGCCAUUCCUAGGGAGCUUUCCCAACCAAAUGAUCAGAAUCCACAUUCUUCGUCUUCGUCCUCGAUGAGAUCACUGUCCAUUGAUAGCCCUGAGGGCACGCCUAGUAACUUUCUAUACAACAUUAGUAAUAACACAAGCACUUCCUACAAUAUUUCAGAACCUCCCUCACUGCCCUCUUCUCAAGCAUUCAUGGGCCAAAUUCGAAGCGUUCAUCAAUUUCCAGCAGCAAUUGAUAGAGAAGAUGCUGCAAUGACACAUGCCAUGCUUGCGGUGAUUUCAUCUUCAUCUCCAGCUUCUUCUACAAGUUCACAUCAACCGCUCCAAAAUGCCAGUGCAUUCAAGAGUUAUAGAUCAGCUUUAAGCACGACGAGCCAGAUAACGAGCAGAGUUCACAGGCAGAAUAUGCUUAAAAGGGCAAUAGCCUUUUGUCGGUCUAAUGCAAAUCUAAUGCCAUCUUCUCAAGAACAAACAAUCCAAUAUGCAAAUCGACCGACGAGUAAUCAGAUGCAUCAUAUGAUAUCCGAAAGAAAAAGGAGAGAAAAGCUAAACGAAAGUUUCCAAGCAUUGAGAACAUUACUUCCACCUGGAUCCAAGAAAGACAAAGCAUCACUACUAAGUAACACGACGGAGUACAUAACUACACUCAAGGCCGAAGUCGAGGAGCUCACGAGGAAAAACCAGACAUUGGAGGCACAAAUUUUGCAGGGUAGUACUAAUGAUCAAGAUUUGCUGAUGGCUAGUGCAUUCUUAGCUGAUCAAAGCCAUCAUGUUUGGAUUAGCAACUCCAGUGAAUCGACAUCAGAAGGGAGAAACUUGAGUGUCAUUGUAAAAGGAGAUUACUGCAGUAUGCUGGAUUUGUCAAUUCAAGUUGUGGAGUUUCUGAAGCAACUUAGAUAUGUGAGCUUAUUAUCUCUGCAAGCUGAUAUGCAAAUGGUCGAGGCAACUUCACUUAUUCGCUUAGUCUUCAGAUUGAAGAUCGAGGAGGGAAGCAAAUGGGACGAGAUGGGCUUCCAAGAAGCAGUCAAGAAUGUGGUUGCUGACAUAGCACGUUGACAAUUUUGACUUGACACGUGUCAGAUAUACAUAGAUUAAGAUUGUUGUAGUAGUACUAGAUGUUUGAAUGCAUGUAUACCACCAAUUGAGAUCAACAGUUUUUUUUUAUGCUAUAGUAUAAUGAUGAUUGAGAUUGAAUAGUAUGUGUUCUCGAUCCUUAUUGACUAGUUACACCAAUUUGUACUGCUGACCGUAAAUAUUGAUGUCCUAGCAAGACAAAUUCUUACUUCGACAUAAUUAUAAAGAAUCGGAGAAAAUUAUAGUGUAAUCUUUGACCUUUUUAGGCAAUGAUUACCAGAAAAUUUUAAUGUAAUAUUCAAUCAAAUUACGAAUAAAUUAUACCUGUGUAAUUUUU